AUGCCGGCUAAGCUCCUUCAUCUGUCAUUUCAUGAUUUAAUCACCAUAAGCACCACGAAAAGAACCCAUUCCGGAUUGAUGAGCAAGAAACGAAUGACUUGGUGGAUUUCCCCGGCCUCAUUGAGUAACAUCAAGUUGUGGGACGCUGCUACCGGAGACUAUACCAUGUCUCCCGGCGUCCGUGACAAUGCGACGAUUCCAGAUGACACCGAUGACGGUUGUAUUAACUCCAUUGCAAUUUCAUUAGAUAACGAUCCGCUUGCAGUAGAUUUAUAUUUUCCCAAGAUGGAAAGUUUCUCGCAUCUGCGUCUGGUCACUUUUCGUUGCCGGAUUUUAAGCCAGGUGGAUGGUGUUACUAGAUUGUCCGUCACAUAUUCCACAGACAGCCAUCCGAUUGCAUUGCCACAAGAUGAAGGGUUGAUAAAAAUCCAAGAUCUGGACACCGGCAACUGCGUUAUAACUCAUGACAAGCACCAUGAAGGCAGUAUAACCUCAAUUGCAUUUUCACCGGAUGGAAUUCGCCUUGAACCUUCUAAGGACUGCACAAUUAAGCUCUGGGAUAGCAUCUAUAUCCGGUUAAUUCUGUUGCAUUUUUGCCAGAUGGUAUCUCGCUUGCAUCAGCUUCGGGCAAUUCAACUGUCAAGAUCGAAUUUAAGGACCACGGCACGCCUCCGAAUUUUGUUACAUUCUCCUUUCCAGGGGCCCAACACCACGCUAGAAUCUAAUUCUGCAUAUUCGCGCCACCCCUUUGUCAAGCAAAUUUCCUCUUCUCUAGAUUGCAGCAACCUUGUAUCGACACCCCCAUCUUCUCCAGGAUCUUACAACCAUAUUAAGACUAGGAACGUCAACUCGGGUGCCUAUAUCAGGAUUUUGAAAAUCAAUCCCCUCAUGUUACCACCUGGGAUACAGGACUCGGUGACUGUCUCUGGGGAUUUAUACCUCAUUACUCCGUCAACACAGUUUCAUUCUCACUGUGAUUGGCGCAGCAUCAGGUAUAUUGAUAAUAUUUACCUUGCAUUAGCGGUACAAGGAAGAUAUCUCAACAUCUGGGCCAUAGCAACUUGCAAGUGCCUUAAAGCGCUUUAUACCGGUUCUCCAGAGGUCAUGUCCGUUAAAUUUUCACGGGAUAGCAGGUUGCUUGCGACAGGGCUCUUCUCAUCUUUUGAAUGUCAGGUCCAGCCAGGAUUCUCAAAACUGGUUCUAAACAGUUUGAUUUACAGCAUAACCUUCGACGCAGUCGAGCCGUAUCCAAAGCUUAACACUAAGAUUGGUGCUUCUAGGUUCAGUAUUUGCCAGAGCUCAAAGCGUAGCACGAGAAAAAAAAUUCUGUUCUCAGCCUCUCACCCUCAAGCGCCAGCAUCAGAAUGA